AUGUCGGGCCUGGCAGAUGCAGGCACGUCGGGCUCGCUCCCUGCCCCUGCGGCUUCCAGCUCAAGCUCUGACCACAGCUCCGUCGCCUCGUCAUCGUCGAUGGCAGGUCAAGGAGGCACUGCCAUGGCCAUGCCAGUCGAUGACGAUGAGAAUGACGAUGACACCUCAUCAUCUCCUCCGCCAGAUGCCUUGACGCUCCUGUCUCGCGCCCUCUCAGCAUCCACACCUUCGGCCGAGGAGUCAUCGCUGGCGCAACUCUAUCAACUCUUUGUCUCCUCUCCUGGCAAUCUGCAACCCUUGUUUCCCAGUCUGAUCAGCUUGCUCCCCAGAGCUGGUCCCGCUCUCACGCCUUGGAUCCUCAGGGUUUGCAACUUGGCCUUUUGCAGACCUGGCUUGGGGCUGGGCGCUAGAUUGCAACGUGAGUCAAGCUUUGCAUGCCCAUGCCGCAUCCGUCGCGCGCGCACCGCGCACAUUGGCUCAUUGCAUUGCCAAGCUUGACCUCCUCCUCCUCCUCCUCCUCCCUUACGCUCACACUCACACUCACACCCUCACGCCACGUCUCCUUGCAGUUGCUGCGCUCGUGCCUCCAGCUCUGCAACACUUUCUGCCACUUCCAGGCACCUCCUCCAACAGCUGGACCUCCUCCCACAAGUCCGCCCUCCAAGUCUUCUGUUCCGUCUAUCCUUUGCUCUUUCGUCUCUCGGCCGAAAAUCCGCACGCGGGUCACAUUGCCAAAGCUUGGAGGGAGAUUUGCGAAUGCAAGGCCAGGGUGAUGAACGUAUUGCAGAGCUCGUCUGUAGCGAAUCAACAACUUCAUCAUCAUCAUCAUCAACAACAACAACAACAGCAACAUGCACAGCAAGGACACGCGCAGAGUGGCAAUGCGCCGGAUGUGGGAGUGGGAACGAGGAUUGCGGCGAUCAAGGCGGCGCAGAGGAUCGUGCUUGUGGCCACGCGAGCCCACACGAAUGUCGGAGCAUCGGGCAAGGUGAGUGUCGUGCGUGGCAGCGAGCUGGAGUGGUGGAUGCUAGCAGAGUGCGCGCGAGCGUCUUGCAGUGGGGGCAAGAGUCCCCUCUCCGCGUUGCUUGUCGCUCGCAAUUUUUUGCUGACCUCGCGAUACGUGCAGCAAUACGGAAACGACGUCAAUCUGAACCUCGUGCAUGGCCAACAUCCGCACCUGGACACGCCAGCCCUGGAAGCGGAAGCGAACAGCUACCUCACAACGCUCAUCACCAUCAUCUUUACCUCUUCGUGAGUCUAUGCGGAGUGCGCAGUGUGCAGCGCAAAGCUCAAUUCCUGAAGCCCGCAACUCGUCUCUCGGCCUUUGCACCACAGAUCCGAGCAGAUCGUCAGCGCAGCGCUCAAUACUCUGCCGCCACUAGCAAAGACCCGACCAGGCCUCUACCCGAUCGUUUUGGAAGCGAUCACCUCUUGGACACCUGCCGCCUUUCAGACCAGCUCUUCCCGUAGCGCACCCUCCUCGCGCACAUCUCGAGCCUUUGCGGAGCUUCGCAAUGUGGAGAAAACGCUGAGGUCGCUGUUUCUGCAUUUCUUGCACUCUGGAUCGGUACAGGAUGGCCUGUCGGCGCAAGGCCGCGAACAUCAAUUGCAGAGCGCUCUGUCUGCGCAAAAGAGUCGGAUGGAGCAAGCUACAAAGGAAGAGAAUGCGAGGAGAGCGAAUGCGUUGGCUUUGGAAAAAGCAGCUGCUGCAACAGCUGAUGCUAUGAGCGGAGCAAAGAGAAAAGGCAAAGCUGCAGAGGGCGCAUACGAUGGGAAAGUGGCGGUGGGAGGAAAGAGGAAAAGGGUGAGGUGGGAUGAUGAGCUGGAUGAGGAAGAGGGUGAUGGGGGUGGCGUUGCAGAGGUAUCUGAAGGGGAUCUCGCAUCUUCUUCCCAAUCCACCUCCACAUCCAUCUCUGCCCCUCAGGAUUCGACACUGAAUCACCCGGCGCAAUCUGCAGCCCCGCCGCAGCUGCAGUUAAGCCAGGCGCAGGUAUCAGCACUAUCCACGUACGUGCCCGCUGCUCUUUUUGCUCAGGCGGCGCAGGAUCCCAACGGACAGAAUACGCUGGCCAUGUUUGAUGUGUCGACGCUGGAGCUGGAGUUGGUCAAUCAGAUUGUUUGCGCUACACUUGCGGGUGUGCAAGAGGAGACGCUUGUGCAAGCUGUCGAUGUGAGUGGUAAUGGCAGAGAUUUGCUUGUUUGCGACUCUUGCCAGUCUUUCUGAGUCGCGUUGUGCGAUGCUGACUGCCCGCUCGCGUCGUCACCGCACGCACUGCCAAUGCUCUCGCUGCAGAGAACGCGGGCAAACUUGCUGCGCAUUCUGGACCCAUCUCUCGCCCCUCCUGCGUCUGCGCCCCCAGUACCAGGACCGCCGCCCUCCGCACCGCACCCUUCGGGUGUGGCUCAACCGGUUCAGUUGGCGCAAGUGGCCGCGUCGGUAGCGGCGAUCCAGGCUACUUCGACGCCUCACGCCUCCAAAGACUUUGUAGCCGAUGCUGCCGCGUUGGCCUCUUCCGCCGUCUCGGCGUACGCGCACGCGCGCAUCGGUAGCGAUGGGCAAGCAGCGGAUCAAGCGGACCAGCAGUUGGACGAAAGCGUCAACCCUUUGAAGAUGGAUGCGGACGAUGAUGAGAUCAAGCUGGAUAGCGAUGCGCUCGCCCUACCAGCAGCAGCAGAGCUUGUCCCUUCCUCCUCCUCCUCCUCCUCCCAGACUGACGCGCAACUACUGCAAGCUGACGAUUCGGAGUUGGCAGCGCUGGAAACCUUUGUCCUUCCCCCGCCCAAACGCUUGCGACCUGAUCAGGCAAAGACCAUCGUGCUGGACGCUGUGAGGGGUAUUUGCGCAGCUGGAGCAACGCAAGAGUCCUGCGCCGCCUCUUUGCCAAAGAAUAGCAUCGAGGAGAUUGGCGCUAGCAAGGAACAGAAUAGAACGUCUACAGGGAACGCGAUGCACGAACAGCUCUGGGUGGCGCUCAUCACCAGACUGGCGACGAGAGGCUUUGCGGAUCCGGAGGCUGAGAGCCAUAGCAAUGGCCAACACUCGGAUGAUGCGCAAUCGUCGCACGCGGCGUCUGGUCUCGAUGUUGCGAAUGGGUCAUCACUUGCAGGGCAUGCGGACCAGUUGCGGAGUAUCAUGCUGGAGUUUGUCAAGGAAGACUUUGAUGGCAGGCUAGGAUUCGCGGCGCAAUGGAUGGCGGAAGAGUGGGCGUCUGCGCACGCGGCGGCCAGGAAGAGGUUGAGCGGAAGCCUCCCGGCACGUCAAGCCGACCGUUCGACGAGUGCUAGACGGCGAUCCAAAGUCAAGCUGGAGGCGAGAGACAUGGCAACGUACGACCAGUGGCUUGGUGCCGUUGUGCAAGGCGUGAUGCCGGCCAUCGAGGCAAAGGACAAGACGCUGCAUCGUUUCUUGAACGAGGUGCCUCACCUCUCGCUGUCCGUCUUGGAGCAGCUCAAAACGCUGUGCACGGACGCUGAUAAGGGCAGAAGAGCCGUGGGAUUUACGAUUUUGAGGGAUGUGGCGAUGAAUAGACCACCGGCGAGAGCACAAGCGGCUCAGUACCUGCUCGAACUGACGAGGGAUGCAGAGGGAGGCGUCAGAGGAGCUGCAAUCGUCACUGUUCGGGGAUGGGUUGGCAGCAAAGGCGCACUGGAAGAGAUUGCGCUGGAUCAUGCGAGAAGAGGUCUCGAGGCCGUGUGCGAGGUGCCUCCUGCUCCCACACUUGCCAGCAACAGCGACGAAGGCGCAGACGCAGACGCAGACGCAGACGCAGCGAGCGACGCGGAGCCUAAAUGGACGGAUGCGGACGUGCUGAGGCACGUCGAGCUAGCCUUUGUUCUGUGUCUCAAGGUGCCGAACCUCUUGGACGAAAUCUUUGCCAUCUUUCCUCGCAUGUCCAGUGCAGCGCAAAAGGGUGUUCAGCUGCACAUUACCAAUCUCGUCAAGUCUCUAGGCAGCGGUAAUGCCAAGCUGAUGGAUAGGAUACGCAACUUUCCGCAAGGAGCGCAGGACCUCGCAUUGGCUGCUAUCGCUACGCUCAUGGAAAAGGGCAGACCGGCGAAAUUGGUUGCGCUGGUCAAGAAAUUGGUAGAGGAGCGGGAAGAUGUUAGUCCGAGGUUCCUCGUGCCCAUCAUGCCGGAUCUGAGCAAGGUGAGAUGAUGUGCUCGCUUUCAGCAGUCUGGUUCGUCGUCUUAUUACUCAAAAGGCCUACCUCUACCUCGCCUCCGUCGCUUGUUUGGUCGCAGGAGGAGAUCAAAAAGUUUUUGCCGCGCGUAGUGACGCUGCUGAACACGGGCCAGGCAUCGGACCGAGCGCUGCUCAAAUCCGUCUUUACAUCCGUCGUCGUAGCUCCAGCAGCAGGCUUUGGCAGCGUAUCUUCCAAUCUGCCACGCGUCAAGGCCGGCUCCCUACUGAAUCCUGUAGAGUUGAUGGGCCUGCUAUCCAGAUCGGAACAGGAGAUAGGCAUCAAGGCCACGGUGGAGGCUGUUGGGAUAUGUUUUGGCCUCACCGACAUCUUUACGGCCCAGGUGAUUGGCGCUGUGCUCAAUCAGAUUGUCGACGAAGCCAAUCUGCCCAUCGUAUUUAUGAGGAUCGUGAGUGCGCGCCGCGAAUUCUUCCUUCAACAGGGGUUGCACCCGCUUGCAGAGAGCUGACGGGAUCGCCCCUCCCCGCUCCCGCCCUCGGACAAUAGGCAAUCAUGGCGGUAUCGACGUACAAAUCGCUAUCUACAUACGUCUCUUCCAACCUGCUCACCCGCCUGAUCACCAAGAAGAUUUGGACAAACGAACGUCUUUGGGAAGGCUUUAUCAUUUGCGCCAGGCAGACCGCACCCGCUUCUUUUGGAGCGCUGAUCCAGCUGCCCAAGGAGCAGCUGCACGAUGUGCUGGAUAAGCAGUCGGUGCUUAGGGAUGGACUGAGAGAUCACCUGGAGAAAAAGGCGGGCGGCAAUAGGGCGAGGUUGAAUGGCUUUUUGGAACUCAUCAACGAGACUGGCGCUGGCGCUGCUGCUGCUGUCCCUACGGCUACGGCUACGGCUACGGCUCCUCGAGAAGAGGCGCGCGCGUCUGCGGGUAUGCCAGUUGCGGACGUCGAGAUGCAUGAUUGCGAUACAGCUGCGAAAGCUCCGCAAGAAGGGCGGCAAGAAAGGCGAGAAGGAGUUUCAAAUACACCGGAACAUGUUCUCGCUGCUGCUGAUGGUGAUUCCUGAAACAGCUGCACUGCUAGCUGGCUCGCUAG